AUGUCAAACGAUAUUAGCAAUCAAAUAACACAAACCGUAACAAAAUGUAAAUAUUUUUCAUUGGCGUUGGAUGAAACUUGUGAUUUGACGAGUAUGUCAGAGGUAGCCAUCUUCGUGAGGUGUGGUGAUGAAAAUUUUAAUGUGUUACAAGAUUUAUUAGAGCUCAGCCAGAUGGAAACUACAAGUAUCGGAAGAGACAUAGUUAUGAAAAUCAAGGAAUGUGUCGACAGAAAAGGUAUAGUGUGGGAAAAAAAUAAUUCUGUUUGUACUGAUGGAGCAUCCGCUAUGACAGGAAAAAUAAAUGGUUGUGUGGCCUUGUUAAAACAGUUCUUAGGUCGGGAAUUAUUUUCAUGUCAUUGUAUCAUCCACCAGGAAACUUUAUGUGCCAAAGAUAUGAAGUUUAAUGAUGUUAUUGAUCCUGUAGUACGCUGUAUUAAUUAUAUCCAAGCCGAAGCCCUUCAUCGAAAAUAA